AUGCUCGGCUUAAUCACAUCUCUCGAUCAAUCAACAGUUGAAUCGAAGCGCUUGAUCGUGAAUGUCGGGGGCGAAAAACACGAGAUACUCUGGAAAACAUUGGCUCGGCUGCCGAACACGAGGUUAGGAAAAAUUUUAAAAUGUAGCAACCACGAAGAGGUGAUGACCGUUUGCGACGACUACGACCUCAACACCAUGGAGUUUUAUUUUGAUCGACAGCCAAAAACAUUUUCAUCCAUUCUCAAUUAUUAUCGCACCGGCAAGUUGCAUCUACAAGAAGACGCCUGCAUUUUAUCAUUCAGUGAAGACUUAGAAUAUUGGGGCAUCGAUGAGCUACACCUGGAGUCAUGUUGCCAACAUUCCUAUCUGCAACGCAAGGAAAUGAUUUCAGACGAGUUGAGAAAAGAGACAGAGAGCUUCGCAGAUUCGAACGAGGAGGAAGUUACACGGACUGGCUGCUACUACGAAACCCAGCGGAAAGUUUGGGAUCUUCUAGAAAAACCACAAACAUCAUUGGCGGCAAGAGUUGUAGCGAUAGUGUCAAUCUUGUUUGUAGUGGCCUCAACGAUCGGGCUGACCAUCAACACACUACCGACCAUCCAGUGGAAGAACGAGGAAGGUCACCCGGUGGACAACGGCCACCUGCUGAUGUUGGAAACAAUAUGCAUUGCCUGGUUCACUCUGGAGUUCACCGUUCGUCUCUGGUCGUCACCAAGCAAGUGCAAGUUUUUCAAAGGAACGCUGAAUAUUAUCGACAUUCUCGCCAUUCUACCCUACUACGUGUCACUGUUCUUAGGCGAAUCGAGUGAAGGCUCGGAACAAAUCCACGACGUCAGAAAAGUUGUACAGGUGUUUCGAAUCAUGCGAAUAUUACGAAUACUUAAACUGGCUCGGCACUCGACGGGUCUACAAUCUUUGGGUUACACUUUACAGCAAAGUUAUAAAGAGCUAGGUUUGCUGGUUAUGUUUUUAGCUAUUUCAAUUUUGGUUUUUUCAAGUUUAGCUUAUUUUGCCGAAAAAGACGAAAAGGACACCGUCUACACUAGCAUUCCAGGAGCAUUCUGGUGGGCAGCUAUCACCAUGACAACAGUUGGUUACGGUGACGUGUAUCCGAGGACUCCGUGGGGCAAGUUGGUCGGUGCCGCUUGUUGCGUCAGUGGUGUCUUGGUCAUUGCCUUACCCAUACCAAUAAUUGUAAGUAAUUUCGCCGGGUAUUACAAAGAACAGAUGCGCAAAGAGAAAAUUCAAAAAAGAAAAGAAGCCGUUGAGCGGGCAAAACGUAACGAAAGU